AUGCCCAGGUCCUUCCUGGUCAAGAAGGUCAAACUUGACACGUUCUCCGCCGCAGACCUCGAGAGCUCCUACGGGCGUGCCCGCAGCGACCUGGGCGCGCGGCUGCAGGAGAAAGGAUACCUCAGCGAUUACUCGGGGCCCGCCUCCGUCUACGAUGGCGACGCCGAGGCGGCCUUGCUCAAGGGGCCGUCCCCCGAGCCCAUCUCAGGGGGCCGGCACGCCUGCGGCGAGUGCGGCAAAACAUAUGCCACGUCGUCGAACCUGAGCCGCCACAAGCAGACGCACCGCAGCCUGGACAGUCAGCUGGCACGGCGCUGCCCGACGUGCGGCAAGGUGUACGUGUCCAUGCCGGCCAUGGCCAUGCACCUGCUCACGCACGAUCUGCGCCACAAGUGUGGCGUGUGCGGCAAGGCCUUCUCCAGGCCCUGGCUGCUGCAGGGCCAUAUGCGCUCCCACACCGGCGAAAAGCCCUUCGGCUGCGCGCACUGCGGCAAGGCCUUCGCCGACCGCUCCAACCUGCGCGCGCACAUGCAGACGCACUCAGCCUUCAAGCACUUCCAGUGCAAGCGCUGCAAGAAGAGCUUCGCGCUCAAGUCCUAUCUUAACAAGCACUACGAGUCGGCCUGCUUCAAGGGCAGCGCCGGUGGCAGUGGCCCCGCAGCCCAGGCGCCGGCCGCGCCGCCGCAGCUCAGCCCUGUGCAGGCUUAG